CAACCACACCCUUCUUACCUUAUCCAUUUCUUCCUAGUAGUCCCAAUACAAAGUCUCUUCCUUGCUACAAACCUUUUUACUUCAACAACCACAGGCUAUUAUUGGAAAGCCCUUCCAGCUCUACCUAAAAAAGAGAACAAUGGCAACAGGCUCAGCAACAAUGUCUCCUGCUACAAUCACUGUUGUAGGCAGUGCCACCGUUGGAAGGUCAAGCAGGAGGAAGAAUAAUGUGCAUUACAUAACAGGGCUCAAUUCUUUUGGUGGGUUGAAGGCUCAGAACAGUGUCACCUCAUUAGGCCUUCCUGUAUGCACUGAGCAAUCCUUUGCAAAAGUGGUGAGCUCCUUGAAAUCUCCAUUGCAGGGAAAGGGAAGAAGUGGAGGAGCUGCUUCUUCAACAUGUAAUGCUGCAGGCGAAAUUUUCCAAAUUGCAGCCAUUAUGAAUGGGCUUGUUCUUGUUGGGGUUGCUGUAGGAUUUGUUCUUCUUCGAAUUGAAGCAUAUGUGGAGGAGGCUGAGUGAGAAUCUCAUAAACUUCAUUUGAUUCAUGUAAUUUUAUUUUCUUAAUAAAAAUGAAAAUUGUAUCUUUCAUUUAGGUUAUCUAAAUCCUCUUAUAUGAAUUUUUUAUGGAGACAAAGAACUGUACACAAUUUUUCUGAUUUCUGGCAUAAAAAGUUGGUGAUAUAUGGAGAUAAAGACAAAAUAUCCUC